AUGACUUGGUUAAAUGAAUGGUUUAAAGAACAAUUUCCAUCGUAUAAACUUGCCCUUCAACAUGCUGAUCCACGAACAAAAGAUUGGUUUUUAUUAUGGCGUGAUCCAGUUCCUGCAGUAACAUUAGCUUUGAUCUAUUUGGCAAUUGUCAUCAUUGGUCCCCGUUAUAUGCGUCAUCGACAACCAUUUCAUAUUCCAUCAUCGAUACUUUUCAUUUAUAACAUGGCUUUGGUCGUUCUUUCAGCUUAUAUGGUCGAAGAAGUAAGUCAACUUCACAACUUUCNUAUCCAAGAAACACUAGAAGAAAUGUAUGGGGCAUCAAUGGUCAGUGUGUCGGAAGAUCAACAACAACUAACUGUGACGGUUGACGAGAAAAAGGCGAUAGUUGAUCUCGAAUCAUAUGAAGUGAAAUGUGAUGAUGAAGAAAUCCAAUCGAUGAUUGAAGUGACCGUGAAACAUAUGAGUGCAUGUAUUCAACCAUUGAAACUAACUCCGUCAAUUGCAUGA